UUUCACCAACCCGCGCCCGCGUUACAACGGGCGCUGUUGAUCGAUUACAAACGCCGUUCGUUGCUUGGUAAAUCUUCCAUCUACCAGUACACAUGUGGUUGAUAUGACCAUCUUAAUAUUCACCGUAGUUGGUCAUCAAAACACCUUCUAUUGAGCGCACUCGGCAUAUCUCAAUAGGUCUUCACGUCGGAGUGUUUAUAUAGGCUGGUCGAAAUCUGGACACCACUGAAAAGAAUGUCGAUAAAAGAUCAUCCGCACACAAGCCUUAGAACAGACGUCUAUCCAAUCCACCGAUCAAUCAACUAAACCUCACAAUUACGACACAAUCGAGAUGUCGACCCAAGGAAUUGCUUCUGAACAAAGAGUCUUCGCGGUCGCUGGCGGCGUGGGAGGUGGAGAGUUCCCCUCGGCCAGCCUCGGCAACUACGUCGUCAAAGCGCUCUUGGCCAAAGGGAACGAAGUCAGGGUCCUCGCCAGAAGUCACUCGCUCGAGUCUCCCGCUGCCAAGGACUUAGUAGAGACCGGCGCAAGGGUCAUCGCUGUCGACUAUGGCUCUCAGUCGGAUCUCGACGAAGCGUUGAAAGGAGUCCACGUCGUCGUGUCCGCUCUCAACCCGUCGGCCGUCCAAGCGCAACAUGCAUUGGCAGAUGCUUCGAAGCGAUGCGGUGUCGAGCUGUUGCUACCUGCCGAGUACGGGCCUAACAGCCUGGAGAUCGACGAACAGGUGGACUUCCCCGUAUGGGGCAAGCAGGCUUACAGGCAGUACCUCGAAACCAUUGGCCUCCCCUACUAUGCCGUCUUCUGCGGGCUUUUCGCCGAGUGGGCCGAGGGCUUCAUCUUGGGCGCCGAGCCUGAGAAGAACGAAGCUCGGAUCGUCGGGAAGGGUGACAAGAAGAUCAGCUUUACGGCCUUAGACGACGUCGCCGAGUUUAUCGCGGUGACAAUUACCACGCUUCCGAUCUCUAAGCUAUCCAACGUCUGUGUGGGUAUCUCUGGCAGCGAUAGAACCUGGAACGAGAUUGCCGAAUUCCUUCAAAAGAAGCGACCCGAACUCAAGGUCAUCCACGAAUCUGUCGCCGAUACCGAAGCAGAGUUCGCCGAGACUAAGAAUACACUCCUCUGGAUCAAGUUGCAUAUGGCUAAAGGGCUGGGAACAGGCGAGGGGUUGCAAGGCUUGACAGCCAAGUCGCGAGAGCUUUACCCUGAGUGGAAGCCUCGAAGUGUGGAGGAGUUUCUCUAGAUCAAUUCUCGUCGAGACCGUUUGAGAUCGUAAGCGGGGCCGGCAGGAGCGUGGCCU